UACUGAAAAAAAAAGGUAGUUCCGGCUUGUUGUUCCGGUGAUUACAUUCUGUGGGAACAUCCCCUGACGACGGGCUCUUUAUCGUACCUUCAACGGCCGGCGGUUUCGCAAUUUAGAUGGUACGGGUAAUGAGAAAAGUGUACCGAGAAGCGUGUUUGUGGUAUGUACUAGGACGCAUGCGCGCUACGCUUACCGCGACAAGCCCCGCAGUCCGCCGGUAACGCCACGGGACCCGCCCGCGCCGAUUGCUUCCCCCGCGACCCCGCCACUUGUCAAAAUAACUAAUUGAUUUAUACCCCCAAACAUUAGCCAAGUAGAAAGCGAACUUCACACUUUGAACCCGAGUCCGCAGCAAUUUAUACCGGAAAGUUUUGACGGAGCACAAUAAUAUGUUGAGAAUUAGUCAACGCGGUGAACUCUCGAUUAAGUUGGUGAUAAGUUUCGAACGUAUGUCAUAGGCGGGAACGGUUGCUCAUGUGCGAUUAGCUUUAAGUCGCCGCCGAGCGGCAAUCUGUCACGGUAAAGUGACAGACGAAUGAGUGAUCGUAAAUAUUAGGAGGUUCUUUGUAGUAUUUCGCUGCCGAGUCACGAUGACAUACCGGGCCUAAUGGAUUCGCCUGGUAUAAAUAAAAUGGUCCUAAUCUGAAGAAUUGCGGUUCUGUUGCGACAUCUUAAUUAAUUUUGUCUGUGACGUGUCAUUGUUUCUUUCCAUUAUCUAAAUUAGAUAAACAUUGCCAAACAUUUUGCUUCGAGUACUUACACGACAUUCGUCUGAAUGUAUGUAAUAGCCGUCGUUAAACGCAGCUAAAUACUACGUUUUUAAUCAACACGCCACCGGAAUGGGCCAGACUGGGACGAAAUCCGUUUUAUUGCUAUCUCUUCUACAUGGCUUCCUCUUCCUCAUUGCUGACUCCGGGACAGAUCCCUCGACAGAUAACACUACAGUGGACAUAUCUUCUCAACGCUUUCGGGCAGAGUUUCUGCAAGAAUGGCAAGGAUCUGCUGAUGCUCCUUACUUCGAUCCUAGCACUCCAAGAAACAUAACUGGACUAGUUGGACAUCCCGUCAGAUUAUUGUGCCGAGUCAAGAAUUUGCAGAACAGGACCGUGUCAUGGGUGCGUCACCGUGAUAUCCACCUGCUGACGGUGGGGCGCUACACGUACACAUCGGACCAGCGGUUCGAGGCGCAGCACAAGCCGCGCUCCGAGGAGUGGGCGCUGCGCAUCCGCUCCCCACAGCGUCGCGACUCCGGCCAGUAUGAGUGCCAAAUAUCUACCACACCACCCAUCGGUCACGCUGUCUUUCUAAACAUCGUAGAGCCUGAAACAACGAUUUCAAGUGGCGCCGAACUGUUUAUUCAAGCCGACUCCACCAUCAACCUUACGUGCACUGUGCGACAUACGCCCGAACCCCCGUCUUCAAUUACUUGGACUCACGCAGACCAGGUUAUAAAUUUUGAUUCUGCACGCGGUGGUAUCUCCCUGGUCACCGAAAAAGGCAUGAAAAGCACGAGCCGUCUGCUGGUGCAGCGCGCGAGGGGCGCCGACGCCGGGCUGUACACGUGUGGGCCUAACAACGCGCCUCCUGCCUCCACUCGGGUCCAUGUGUUGUCUGGUGAACAUCCAGCGGCGAUGCAGCAAGGCUGUGCAAAAUCAUCUCUUGACAAAAUGACAACAAUACUGUGCUGUCUUUUGAGCUUCUACUUUCUAAAUAAAUCGUUUUCUGACGUACAGUUUGGUACUUAACUUCAUCUUUAUAUAAAUUGAUGUAUAAUUAUAACAAAAAAUUACACUUGUUGUUUGUAUGUAUGUACAUAAUAUAUUUUAUUCUUAUCUGUGAAUAUUUUUUUUAUCUGUGAAUAGUGUGUGUUUAAACAAUUCCAAUGCAUCCUGUAAUUAGGUACAACAUUUUGUGACUGUUAUUAGUACACAAAUGUAAUUUUAUAAGGACUGUAAAAAAUAAAUUGUUUAAUUAAAAAUACAUCAUCGAGAAAUAAAUACUUACAUUGGAACAAGU